AUGACUGCGAAUGGGUACGUGGUGAGCGUCGCCAAGAGCGUGGAAGCAAACACGGUGCAGGGGCUGCAAGCGCAGCAGCGCGUGCUGGCGCUAGCGCAGAGCCGCGGCGUCGGAAUAGUCCAGAUGAACGGUCAGCGCAUCUACGGCCCGCCCCGCUGCUGGGACGGCCCGCCGCCCCCGCGCGGCUGCGAGGUCUUCGUUGGGCGGCUGCCGCGCGACGCGUACGAGGACGAGCUGGUGCCUUUCUUCGAACGCGCCGGCACAAUUUACGUGCUGCGGCUUAUGAUGGACUUCAGCGGCACGAACCGCGGCUUCGCCUUCGUGCAGUACACCACUCCGGAGGCGGCCGCGCUCGCAGUACGCCAACUCGACGGCUGUCACCUGCGGCCGGGCCACGAGAUCGGCGUCGUCCCGUCCGUGGACAACUGUCGCCUCUUCAUAGGCGGCAUCGCCCAGGACAAGAGCAAGGCCGAGGUCCACGAGCAACUGGAGCGCAUCGUGGAGGGCGUGGAACGGGUGAUAAUGUACCCAGACGAGGACGGCAAGGCGCUCAACCGGGGGUACGCGUUCGUGGAGUUCCGGACGCACAGGUACGCCGCCAUGGCCCGCCGCCGGCUCGUGCAGCUAUGGGGACACAGCAUGGCCAUCGACUGGGCCGAACUGGAGCCGCACUGCGACGAAGAGGUCAUGAAACAGGUGAAAAUUCUUUAUGUGCGAGGUCUCUCAGCAGCGACAACAGAAUAUGAUAUACGGGCAAUGUUUGAAAGUGUGGCGGAAGAAGGAUGUAUAUCAAGGGUUAAAAAGGUGAAAAACUUUGCCUUUGUCCAUUUUAAAGAUAGACAGAAUGCUGAAAAAGCAUUGAAGCAUUGGAAUGAGAAGGAGGUACACGGAUCUGACUUGGAAGUGACUUGGGCAAAGCCCGCAGACAAGUUACAAAAAAUUCCAGCAGUGAGGCGUAAGCAAACAGAAUCUGCCAAGCAGAUGUCAAGUCUUACUACUCAUUUUGGGAAAACUGAACCAUCAGGAGAAGUGAUGAAACCAAAUAAAAAUCCAAUACAUGCUUCAAAAGAAGAAAUAAUGUCACUGGAAAUUAAUCCGAAAGACAAAACCAGGAAUGAAGAGCAACAACAAAUGGUUAGACCUAAUGAGACUGAGCUGAAUUGCAACAUAUCCACAGUAGAAACGAAGACAGUAAUUGAAAACCAAAAAGUGGUGAAUUUUGAGAGCUCCAUAGUAGAAAUGACAGAACCAAUUCAAAAAUCAAAUUAUCCAGCACCAGAAAAAGCAAUAGCAUUGCAAAUUAAUCAGAAAGGCAUAACUAUUGAUGAAGAGCAACAAAAAAUAGCUAGGCCUAAUGAGACUGAGAUGAAUUGUAACAUUUCCUCAAUAGAAAGAAGGACACUAAAUAAAAACCCAAAACCCACCGCAGAAGAAGAGCAUAUAAUACUGGAACUAAGUCCAAAAUGCAAAAGCAAUAAAGAUGAAGAACAGCAGCAAACUGCUGCAAAGAGGAAAAAAGGAAAGUCUAGUGAUCAGUGCCCAUGA